AAACAGAUGCACUUUAGCGUCAUGAACAGUGCACGUACGUGAAUUAUUGUGGUCACAUCAUGCUUAAAAAGUGUUUGCUUGUAGUCGUCCUGUUGUGGUGUGAUCAGCUCGCCGCGCAGAACGCCUCCAAACCCGUACGCUUGACGGUCGAAGAAUGUGGAUAUGCGUUCGGGUUGGUUCUGAACAAGCUGAACACGCUGGAAUAUCGUCUCAUGGAACGGGAGCUUCUAAUUGAAAGUAAGCUAAGCAAUUUAAGCGCCCUGAUCGAAAGCUUGCAGCAGCCCCAGUGCAAUACGACGUCCCUGCCGGUCUACAACCAUACGGUGGAGACGGUGUACAGCUCCUGCCAAAAGGCACCAUCAUCCGGUGUGUACAAGAUUCAACCGGAAAAGCCCUUCAAAGAACCGAUCACUGUGCUGUGCGAUCAGGAGUACGAUUCGGGUGGAUGGGUUGUGAUACAGCAUCGGUUUGAUGGAUCGACAAACUUCUAUCGAAAUUGGAAGGAGUACAAGCAUGGAUUUGGAAAUCUGGAUGGCGAGUUCUGGCUGGGGUUGGAUCGUAUUUAUCAACUGACAGUGUCCCGGCCGCAUGAGCUGAUAGUGCUGCUGGAAGAUUUCGAAGGCAACAAAACGUUUGCGUGGUACGAUCGGUUCGAAAUUGGAGACGAGCAUCAGAAGUAUAACCUAACGAGGAUAGAUGGAUAUUCGGGCCCGGCAGGAGAUUGCCUUGGGAAUGUGAAGGGAAUGAAGUUUUCCACGUUCGAUCAGGAUAAUGAUACGUGGGAAAACCAGUGCGCUGUUACGUUUGCUGGAGCAUGGUGGUACAGUGCAUGUCAUAGCAGCAAUCUGAACGGAAAAUACCUGCGCGGACCAACGAAGGAAUAUGCCACUGGUAUGGUGUGGGAAAAGUUCCGAGGACACUAUUAUUCGCUGAAGUCGGCUAAAAUGAUGAUAAGACCUAAAGCAUCAUGAGAUUUUGCAGCUUCUCGCGUGAUAAUAAACUGUGAAUCGUUUAAUGCAUUGUUUUGCAGAACA